AUGUUCACACUAAGUGCCUGUCUCCUGUCUGUCCCAAAGGAUGGGAUCCUGGUGGGGGCACCGGGGGCCUACGACUGGAAUGGAGCCGUCCUGAAGGAGACCCGACAGGGGAAGGUGGUUCCACCCAAGUCCUCCUACUCACAGGAAUUCCCAGAGGAGCUGAAGAACCACGGCGCCUACCUAGGUUACACAGUAACAUCGGUGGUGUCGGCCAGGAACGGUCGACUGUACGUGGCAGGGGCACCGCGGUUCAACCAUACUGGCAAGGUCAUCAUCUUCACCCUGAAGAACACUGGUAACCUCACCAUCCUGCACUCCCUCAAAGGACAACAGAUCGGGUCGUACUAUGGGAGUGAGAUCUCCCCGGUGGAUAUAGAUGGUGACGGAGUAACAGACAACCUACUGGUGGCAGCUCCCAUGUUCUUCAGUGGAGGCUGGGAGAAGGGCAAGGUGUACAUCUACAGAGUGACUGAACUGAAUCGUUUCGUCCUGGAGGGAGCGUUGGAGAUCCAGGACCAUGGUCAGAACGCUCGGUUCGGCUCCUCGCUGGCCCCGGUCCCUGACCUGAACGGGGACGGCUUCAACGACGUGGUGGUGGGGGCUCCGCUGGAGGAUGACCACAGAGGAGCUAUCUACGUCUUCUUCAGCCAACGCAACAGGAUUCUGCGGAAAUACAAACAGAGGAUAGCUGCGUUAGACAUCGCUAGUGGCCUGCGCUACUUUGGCCGUAGUAUCCAUGGCAGUAUGGACAUGAAUGAGGAUGGCCUGGUGGACUUGGCCGUGGGGUCCCUGGGGGCAGCCGUGCUCCUAUGGUCUCGCAGUGUCGUCCGAAUUCACGCCAACAUCAGGUUUGAACCCAGCAAGAUCAACGUCUUUGUGAAGGACUGUGAGAGGGGAGGCAAGGACGUGACCUGCAUGUCAGCCAUAGUGUGUCUAAACGUCACCGCCCGGACAGCCAUACCUCCUACACAGGAAGUGGCUAUCACUUACAACACCACCAUGGGGGAGCGCCGAUUCAACCCCAGAGCCAUAAUGGACGACCCUGAUAAACUGCUGUUUCAAAACCUGACCCUGCUUUCUGGAGAGGAGACCUGUCAACACAUCUACUUCCAUGUCGUGGAGACCACGGACUACGUGAGGCCCAUCGUGUUCACUGUGGCAGUGGCACUGCAGGAUCCCGACCAGGGCCCUGCGCUGGACGACACCUGGCCCACCACCUUCAGGACUGAGCUUCCCUUCUGGAAUGGCUGUGAUGAGGACGACCGCUGUAUACCAGGCCUGUCCUUACAGAGUACAACUGACCUGCUGUCUUGGAGGCAGUUCUGUGGGAAUGCAGUCCACUCCAGGGGUGCGAUGUGUCGACGUCUGUCCGAAGGAGGGACGGAGGGGUCAGAGCGAGUGAUGGAGGGAUCGAGGAGGAGGAUGGUGGUGGACGUUCGUCUGGAGAACAGAGGAGAAAACGCCUAUGGAGCCCGCCUCAACAUCACCUACACUCCUAACCUACGAUUCUCUAGUCUCAUAGUCAAGGACAACUCUGAUAUCAAGAUAGAGUGUCGCAGUGAGGACAGACAGAGGCAUGAGAAGACCUGCAACGUCAGUGCUCCCUUCAUGAGAGCCAAGACGCAGGUAUCUUUCCGCCUGGAGUUUGAGUUCAGCCGAUCAGUGUUCCUGGACCACGUACGAGUCAUUCUAGAAGCCAGCAGUGACGGAGAGGAGGUUACCUUAGAAGACAAUUUCAACGACAUCUUUCACCCGCUGAAAUACGAGGCUGACCUCCUAUUUACAAGGGACUCCAACCCCUCUGGCUGUGAAAUCAAAGCAGACCUCUCCCUGGAGAUACCAGGAAAUAUUGGUCCUCCAUUCAACUUCACCUUCCAGAUUCAGAACCUGGGCUUCUUUCCCGUGAGGGACCUGCAGUUGAAUAUAGAAAUUCCAGAGAUGACCAAAAACGGGAACCAGCUGUUGCAGAUAUCGGACUUCCAUAUUGACAAAACAGAUGGUACCCGCUGCAUACCCCCUCAACAUGUGGCACAGAGCAGGGCGUCCCCAGAAGACCUCUCUCGAGUCUCACGCCUGAACCAGUCCAAUACUCUGCCUCUGCCGGUCCAAUGCACUGUCAACCUGAACCCCUACAAGGAAGUCAGCGUCAGAAUCAGGGGGGCAUUGCGGUUGGACGCCUUGCAUGCUCUGAGGUUCAAAGUCCUGGAACUGGUGACGAGUGCAACAGUAAAACUUCCACCUUCAAGCCCCAUGUUUCUUCAUGAAGAAAGGCCUGUCAGACAUAUAAUCCUGGAGAUUAGGAAAGAAGGGGAUUACAGAAUCUCAAUCUGGAUUAUCAUUGGGAGCACACUGGGAGGGUUGUUACUGCUGUCCCUGCUCAGCCUAGCUCUAUGGAAGCUUGGCUUCUUCCAGAGGCAGAAGAGGAGAGAAGAGGAUGAGCAGGAGACCAAUGGAAAGGUGGCAGAGGAGCGGUAACUAACGCAGGCGAGGGACCAGCCAUCACACACACACACAGGGGAACCAACACUCAGGGACUGUCCCAUCCCCCCCGACACCACAGCGGUACAGUCCAGAAGGCUCUGCAAGAUGAGACCGUCAGAUCAAGACCUGCUCAGUGCACUGGAUGACCAACUGUACCUGUAUGACCCAUGAGACAUUAGCACUACCAACCAUAAUGCCCUGCCCUCCACUGUAAUGCUGAGACUACUGGACCCUCCUCGGUGCCUGGUUACCCAUACCCACCUCUGACCUCUACCCUUUAGCUAGACACCCUUCCCCAUGGUUACCCACCUCUGACCUCUACCCUUUAGCUAGACACGCUUCCCCAUGGUUACCCACCUCUGACCUCUACCCUUUAGCUAGACACCCUUCCCCAUGGUUACCCACCUCUGACCUCUACCCUUUAGCUAGACACCCUUCCCCAUGGUUACCCACCUCUAACCUCCACCCACACUGCCCCUGGUUACCCACCUCUAACCUCUACCCUGUAUCUAGACACCCUUCCCCCUGGUUAUCCACCUCUAACCUCCACCCACACUGCCCCUGGUUACCCACCUCUAACCUCUACCCUGUAUCUAGACACCCUUCCCCAUGGUUAUCCACCUCUAACCUCCACCCACACUGCCCCUGGUUACCCACCUCUAAACUCUACCCUGUAUCUAGACACCCUUCCCCAUGGUUACCCACCUCUAACCUCUACCCUGUAUCUAGGCAAUGGCACCCUUCCUCCUGACCACAUUGAAGAGCGAUGUAGACAUAUUUUGGUUGAUGAGUCCAUUCCUAUUGGUGUAAUAAUGACUAACUUGGAAAAGGCUGCAGUUAUAGUCAGACAAUGAUUCUGAGGCAAGCAGCUUACAUUUGAUUCACCUUGGUAGGCUUUGUUUUGAGAUAACUGUACAAGAAGAAACCUCAAGGUGCUGUGCCAACUGCAGGCGGCAAUAUUGGCUUACUAUGGCCGACUGCGCUGACAUGUACAGUACAUACUUCUGGAGAGAAACACAAAGACGAAGAAGUUGGCGGCAUGUGCCAGUAGAUGUGACUCUACCCAAGUGACUUUUAGAGAAUGGUAUUGUGAACUGAAAAUCUCCAAGACACCAGGACAACAAUUGUCCACAUUCAAGAACCUCUCUGGUGCUUUUGUUUCCAGAGAACUUUGUUUCCAGAGAACAGUUUUUUUUGUAAGUCCCAAGAAAAGACCUUCUGUUUUGGAGAUCCCACGUUCCUUCCCCUCUCCUCUCAUACUAGUCCUACCGUAUCUCCAUUGGAGGAGAAUACAUGGAAUAAAUUCAUCAUUUUGAUGCACUUUUACUUUGUAGAAAUACAAACUUGAAUUUUGUAAAUAGUCAAGUAUCUUUUUAUACAUAACCAAGUCUAAUAUUGUGAUUUUCCAGUUUUCCCCACAAGGAUUGUGGCAUUAUCCUGUUCCUCUACAGACAUGGCAAAUGAGUUUAGCCCACGAGACAAAUACAAAUGGGUUUUCUGACAUGCUUUGCACCACAACAAAUAGCCUUUGAAGAAGGGAUAUGCAUAGAACUAUUCUCCAUGCACCUGUUCUGAGCUGUUGAAGAACGACUUAUUCAGCAUUUCAACAAAAUGGCGGGCUAUCAUGUAAUGUUACAUGAUCUAAUGAGGAUCGGACCAUUGGUGUUUAGUGCUUCUAUGUGCAAAUGAAUCAUUUUCAAAUGUUUUUUUUGUCAAGGAAAUCCCUUUUGUUUAUUCAUGAAUGUCAGUGUCCAACCCAUGUGGAUGAGGUAUAAAUCAACUCUGAUACAUCUAGAA